CUCUCGUUUCAUUUGACGUAUAAAUAUUAGGCCGCCAUCUUGGGUGUUCCGAGAGGGAUCACCCUAAUAUUUACAUCGAAACUACUGGUGGUGUUACCUUGAAGACACUGUUUCAACUGUUACAGAGACCAUACUUAUUGUCCGCUAUGUCAGGUGCAUAUCCACGUUCAGGUGGGCUGAUCCAGCGACGUACUACUGCCGUUUCGAACAAUGCUGAAGGGGCGGCAGAUGAAAAGGAAGAGAAACUGAAUGGAGAACCCGAGGAGGAUCUUGACUCCAAAGAAACGAGGCUCACUCUGAUGGAAGAAGUUUUGCUGCUUGGACUGAAAGACAGAGAGGGUUACACAUCAUUUUGGAAUGACUGCAUAUCGUCUGGCUUGCGGGGAUGCAUCCUUAUAGAGCUGUCUCUGAGAGGUAGAGUUGAACUGGAGAAAGCCGGUAUGAGGAGGCGAAGUCUUGCAAACAGAAAAGUCAUAUGCAAAAAUGAUCAGCCCACAGGAGAUGUUUUGCUUGAUGAAGCUCUUCGACACAUCAAGGAAACGCAACCACCGGAGACAGUACAGUCGUGGAUUGAAUAUCUUAGUGGUGAGACGUGGAACCCCCUCAAACUUCGGUACCAGCUACGCAAUGUGCGAGAACGCCUGGCUAAGAACCUGGUUGAGAAGGGUGUUUGCACCACAGAGAAACAAAACUUUCUUCUGUUCGAUAUGACCACCCACCCUCUGACCGACAAUGUAGUGAAGCAGCGACUUAUCAAGCGGGUACAGGACUCUGUGCUAACCCGCUGGACCAAUGAUGCACAUCGCAUGGACAGGCGCAUGCUGUCUCUGCUCUAUCUGGCUCAUUCCUCUGAUGUUCUUGAGAAUGCAUUCGCUCCAUUGUCAGAUGAUGACUAUGAAGUGGCCAUGAAACGUGUGCGAGAGUUGUUGGAUCUGGACUUUGACACAGAGAGCAUGAAAGAAGGAACAAAUGAGCUGAUGUGGGCUGUCAUCAGUUUCAUGAGCAAGUGAUAUCUGCUAAUUUUUACAGCCUUUGACUUUUGUCAUGGAGAUGCUUUGCAUGAGGAAUUACAGUUGCUCUUCACUUGUCUAGGACAGAUCAUUUGACAGGAACUUUUUAUCAGUAGUUUAGUGGGGCUGCCUUAUAACUUAAACCCAGGGACCAGUUGACAUUGUGAGUUGUUAAGUGCUUGAAUCGCAGAAACACUAUCAAAUAGAGAUGUGAGUUCAGUAAGUGAGUGUGCUGAUGUAAAUUGUAGAUUACACUGUCCAUCUGUGUUAUCGUGUUGAAGUUCCCUUGAAUGUUAGAACCUGUGCAGUGUGAGUGCAUGUAGAGUAAAUGAGAUUGAAUGGAAAAAAUAAUGUCAAAGAAUGAAGGGGGUAAAAUAGGACGUUUUUUGCUCUCAUGACCUUCCUAAGUGACCACAAAUUUUCCCUUUCAGUGAGUUUUGUACCAUUGACCCUUUUGGUACAUUGCUGAUGGCCAGCAUUUUAUAACCCAAAGGUUGUUUCUCUUCAUUCAUACGAAAACGCUUAUUCGAGGUUACUCAUAAUUUAAAAAGAAUCACAAAUAAUCGUGUAUCCUAUGCAUGAAGAUCCAUUCUUUUCCGGAAAUUUUUGUUUGCUAUACCAAUGUACCAAGUAAAUCUCCUAAGCUCAAGUGACUCUAUUUAUAAAUCUCUCUCCUUCAAGCAUUUAAAGGUGAAACCACAGUUCAGUUUUGCUGACUUGUCCUCAAAUUAAAGGUUAGAAACUGUCAGAUGUUAGUCUGGCAUAGCUAAUUUGUGCUUUUUAGACUAAAUGUCAGUUCGUUGGUUUGCUGUGUUUGCCAAAAGAAGAAAAAUAGCAAAGUUCAAGUAGUGCUCACCAGGUCUUUCUCACCUCACCUAUAUUGUGCAUGGUGAGGAAGAGAAUUUGAGAAAAUGUCGCCGUACGUCACUGGUCCUAUAUCUAGAUUCCGUGUGUCAAGCAAGAUUUGCACUUUGACAUAAUUUUUUAAAGAUGUUUGUCUGAAAAAAAGUUCUCUCUCUGUCAGUUUUUGGGAUACUGAUGUGACACAUGUUCCAGUCCUUAUAGUAAGGGCCUGUUUCCUUGUGCAAGCUACUUUCACUUUUUUAAAAAGGGGUUCUUGCAAGAGGGUGAUCUAUUUUGUAUCUGAAUUUAAAUAUACUUUUUUGGUUAUUACUAUAAACUUUGACUUGUCUUAUUAAUAUUUCAUGAAGUAUGAUAUUGGCAAUCUUUACUUGAUUGAUCAUGGCUAAAUCUGUUUUGAUUGUAAGUUGUGAGUAUGAAGUAUCACUUUUAUGGAUUGGCUGCUUAAAGUUUCAUAAUAGAUUAGUUGUUUUGGGGGUUUUUUGGUUGUUGUUUUUUUUAUUUUGAGCUUUAGGCUGAUAGUAAUUGUGUGCUUUUUCCCUUCCCUUACUUUCUUAUGCUGCAGAUGGAUACAGGAGUCUGCAAAUAUGAGUUCCUUUUUCUUGUUCUUCAUGACAUCUCUGAGAAGAUGUGGACAUACCUGUCCUGAAUGACUUACAAUGCUUUUAAAAAAUGAUUCUUUUCUUACAUCAGCAAAAAUUAUAGAUAUCUACAUUUUUUGCUUUUCUUUGAAGUAACGAAUGCAACUCAUGGGUAUUUAAAGCUAUGAAAUGAAGUACACUACUUUUGGGUUUUUGUUCUGAAAUUUCACUUCUAAGGUUUAUUGCAGCCUUUUAUCUGGCUUAAUAUGUCCACUGUAUAGGCCAGUCUCUCUUAUGUUUCUGGACUAGUGAUUUGACUUUACCCAUUAGUUCUAUACCAAUUGUUUGUGGGGGGGUUUUCUCUAUGAAAAGAAAGAACAAGUCCUUACAAUUAAAAGCUAUUUUUUUUCGUGUGUGCCAAGGUAACUAAUAAGUCUGCUGCGAAAGGCUAUGACUUCAUCAAUUUUUGCAAACUAUGCUGCAGCUGAUAUUUUAUUGUUUUAGUUAGGUUCUCAUUACUGUCCUAAUUAUUGGACAUGAAGCUAAUGGUUGGACGCACAGUUUUUAUUCUUUUUAUAAUCAAGUCAUUGAUUAUAUUGUGGAGUAGAUGUUAACUUAGUAUACAUCAUCUUCUGUGGGGAACAUAAUUACCUUUUGAAAAAGAUUAGUUUCAACUCGUACAUGAGCAAAUUUUCAAUGUUUUCUUUUGAGUGCAUGCACACGUUCUAAAUGAAUAAUAAUAUAUUUAUAUUGUGGGGAAAUUUACUUGUCCUUGAUGGUCAGAACAUUUUCUUGCAUUUGAAUGACUGAUGCUGCAUUAUAUGGCAAAUUAUGAGUUUGUCUUUGGGUGUGAACCAGGGAAGGUUAUGAUUUGCUAUGAUGUCUGUCAUCACCUCGUGCCAGAAAUAUGAGAUGUGUGUUUGUUUUCAUGGACAGCUCACGGAGUGAUGUUAGGAGGGAAUCUGGCCUUGAUGACUGCUCAUGACGCAUGAUGAAGCCCAUUGUGAUUCUCUGCCACAGAUCAUUGGGAAAUGACAUUUAUUGUACAUAAAUAAUAUAUGCUGUUGAUGGCAGACAACUCAUUAUGAAGACAUUUUUAUCUGCGUUCAUGAUUAUGUGUCACGUCUGUAUAUGAAGAGUAUUGAUGAUGUAUGUGGAGAGAAAACUGAAAGACAGAUUUUGUGUUGGGGUGCCAUUUCAUUUGCUAGUUGUGUGCCUUGCUCUGUUGAAAUGGCAGAGUUUUGUUCUCCCAUCCAAGCAACUUUGCUUGUUUCUUCAGCAUCUUGCUUGCGGUACUGUGAAAGGAGUUGUGAGAAGUGGCAUGUCUUCUGUCUCUGCGUGUAUUUGUGCUUGUAAUAUAUAAUCCUGUUUUGUGAACGGUUAAGUUAAUUGUCCUACAGCCUCUCUUUGUGCUCUGAUCUUGCUCAUUGAGAGUGGUAUUGAUUUUUGUUUUGUUUUCAGUUAAUUUGAUUUUGUUGCUGAUAAGAGUGAAGACAAUGACAGGUGGUCGUAACUCAUACGAGGCAGUGUUACUUGGUUUUGAUGCUCCACUAGAUUUAUGUGACGGAUGUCAUUCAUUACUGUUACAGGUCAUACUUUUGUUGACUGUCAUCAUAUCUUUUUCUCCGUAGCCCAAUUUCUCGUUUUAGUUUCACAACCAUGUCAGCUUGUGGUUAAGCAUUUUAUUCAGCUUUAUAUUUUCUUUUGUUACUGCAGGGUUGUUGUUUUGGUUUUUUUUUGGGGGGGGGGGGCUAAAAAAAUGAUUCUGGCCUAAUAUCUGGAAAACAUGUACUGAAUCAUUCCAACAAAUUUCUCUUGAACUGUCUCAUCUUCGGAGUUCCUGUGUUAGUUAGAUAAUUUUCUUUCUUUGUCUCUUUUUUUUUCAAAACUUCAAUUGAUGAGUUCAAACUGAUUUAAGUUGGCCUUGUGCAGUUGCGAGCGCCGUAAAACCCUCUGCUAAAUAAAAAUAAUGAUUUAGGUGACAUAUGGGAGAUAGUGGGGAUAUAACAUUAUUAAUUUGUGCUGGUAAUAGGCACUUCAUUUGAGAUAAUCUGCUUAUAUCUGCUCACUUUAAGUUAUCUAAGAAGUUAGCCUGAUGUGAUGUAUGAGGUGUCAGAUGUGUGAAGGUACACCUGAGUUUUCAUGGUGAGCCGCUUAUUACUCACAGGUUUUUGCAAGAUGAGCGGAAAGCUGACGGCUUUGGGAAAGGUUUGAGUUUGCACCCACUGACUUGACAGGUAAAUCUCUCUCUCUCUCUCUCUCUCUCUCUCUCUCUCUCUCUCUCUCUCUCUCUC